AAAAAAUCAACACCACGUUUGGCGGACAUAGCUGGCAACUGACUAGCACAAAAUCCCGAUUAAGACUAAAGGAAACAAUUACAUCACCUGCAAAAGCAAAGUUUAUCGAUAACGGUGAGAGAAGAGAGAGAAGGUAAUCGCAGAGUUGCCACUAUGGAUAAUUUGAAAUUAAAACAACUGGCCAUUAGCGAAUUGAAAAUUGAAUCCGUUACAGAUUUUUGCCUACACACAUAUGGCAACGAUGUGGUAUUAUGGGGACAUUGCUCUGAAUUUCAUAUUUUGGAAAUGUUAUAUUCGGUGGAUUUAUUAAUUCCAUUGCCUUUUCGCUUGGCCCAGGUACAGAUGACACAAAAGAAACCACUUACUCAUCUAAUAAAGGAUAUAGAUUUGGUCAGUAUCUACAGUGACUGCGAUGUUCUUGAGAGCCAGGACUUGUCAAUGGAUCCCAUAUAUGUUUACGAUUGUUCAGUGGAACCUGUCAAACCGCGACUACUGCAUGCCGAGCUUUUGGGCAAUGAUUGUCAAAUGUGUUGCAUGCUUACCACUUAUGGUGCAUGUGAAAUGGCACAAAGAGAUGCCUGCACCAAUGAAUGGAGACUGGUCAAAACGAAUUUAAAUAAAAUAUUUAUAGCCGAAAUAUUUCCUAUAACAAAAUCUCCCAGCGACAUUAAGACAUUUAAACAAUUCAAGCAUUUUAUAGACAACUAUGUUAUAACACAUUUCACAUGGUCUCCGCGGGCAGAGGAGAAUGUCAUAUAUGUAAGUGUGGCCAGCGGCUAUGUGGUGGCUCUGAGCUAUUUGCCCGACGAGCGGCAAUUCAAAGAACGGUUUAAACUUAAAACAUCCCUUGAUAGAAUUGUUUAUAUGGAAGCAAAGGACCAUCUGCUACUGGUUGCUUCUGCCAUGGGAGAGGUGCUGUUAUUGAACAUUGGGCCCCAUGCAUUAACACACAUUGAUUAUUUAUGGAACAAAAAAGAUCGCAUGGCUUGUCGCCAUGCAGUAAUCAAUUACAGCGAGCAAUGGUCUGCUUAUGUCAUUAUAUAUUGCAAAGGAGCCCAUAUUUUGGCAUACCUGUGCAGUACUGAAGGCCAUAUAAUGGCCAAUUCUACAUUGUAUUUGAAAGGCAUUAAGAUCUCAGGUCUUGCCAGCAUUUCGCCCCAUGAGUAUGUCACCACCAGCAUUAUGAGUACUGUAACAUACAUACGCCUAUCUCGGCCUACGCCUCAAGAACUUUGCCUGGAACCUCAGCUGAUAGAACAUGAUAUGGAUUCGACCAAUUUACAAAUUUUAGGCAUUGCCUUAUCGAAAUCUCGUAAUCUUUGGACAUUUUUAUUGUCACGCAACAAAGACUAUACCCAUCACUCGAAGAUUUCCCAAAAUGCCACAUUCAUUAGUGUUAGCAAAAUUAACACUGUGGACAGCCUAAAUAGCCUUAUCAAUAUUAACCUGACAACAAUGGAUGCGGCCCAAGAUCUUUUGAUUGCUAUAAAUUUGGAUAUAAUUAACAAUCUCGAUACGGAAAAAUAUGUGGAGUUUCUCGGUGUAAGCCGUUUGGUCUGCCCGAAGGUCUUAAACGAUGUUAUGUUGCAGAAGUUGCAAAUCAAGUUGUUAAUACUGCGCUUUAUUGCCAAAUACCAAAAAAUGAAAUACAAGAGUUACAAGCGUAAUACGGAAGAGGAAUUUUUGUUCUUGGAGGCAAUUGUCCAACUUGUUUACAUUCUGGAUCGUCUACAAUACCUACAGAUAGCAUUUACGCUUGAUGUUAAACUUUCGCCAUUCCAACAACUUUCGGUGGUCUGUAUGCAGUCUCAGUUCACACGUCUACUUACAUCCAUGUCAAAUAAUGAGAAUGACGAUAACCCUUUGCGCAAUGCAAUGGAUCAUUUCGUAAAUGUACUUGGAGAGCUGUAUAACAAAUGUAAAUUUGUCACAAACGAUUUUAGAUACAAUCCCGAAACGUGUUGGCUAUGCCAAGCCGAAAUAAGUGUCAUAACUUUUGACAAGUGCCCCGAGGGUCAUGAGGUGAAAAGAUGUACAAUCUCUUAUACACAGCUACCAUUGUUCCAAACCAAAUAUUGUCCCCAUUGCUUUGCCUUGGCCAAUGGCACUGCAGAGACUCUGCAGGAGUUAUUUCCAGCAAAUGAAAUAAUUAAAUGUACUUUUUGUAGAUUUUUAUUAAAGGAGGAUAAUCUGUAGUUGUAAGUGAGUAUCGUAUGUAUGCAAUUGUUUAGUGUAAAUAGUUAUACAAAAUAGAAGUAAAUUUGAUUUUUUUUUUAUUUUAAUAAAGUAAACGCUGGAAAUCUCAGUAGGCUGAAACAUAUAUCUCAGGGUUGUGCUCCAUGAGAUGGAUGUCCUGCUCCAAUUGACGUAA